AUGAAGCGUGGAAGCCGUAUAAAUAAUAAAAACCAUAGUAGAUGGUUAUUUACUAUUAUAACACUGGCUUUGUUUUACUGCCUCUAUGUAGAACAGGUGGUGGGUUUACCUUCUGAUGCAUCCAAGAAUACUUGGCCUACAUUUCCACGAAGAAAUAUCGCAGCCCUAGCUAGAGAUGGAUAUCUCAAGAGUAUGGCAUCUGGUUUUAAGAGAAGCAUUUCAACGCUGGCUAAAAAUGGUCAGCUUCCAACAUUUAGAUCGCCUUACGAUGAAACUGACAAACAGGAGCAAGAUGAUGAAGAAGUGCAAGAGAAAAGGAACCUGGCUUCUAUUGCGCGUCUUCGGAGCUAUUCGGCAAUGAAACGAAACGUACAAUCACUUGCGAGAGAUGGUUACCGUUUUGGACGAGGGCAAUACAGCCAGUCGAAUGAGAAACGUAACAUUGCUGCACUUGCACGAAACGGCUUAAUUCACAAGAAGGAUGAAAUAAUGGGUGAUGAAUACUAUUUUCCAUUUUACCAAAACCCCGUUCCGCCAUUAACUGAAAUGGACGGUCCACUUGAUUUCAAUGAAGUGUAUGAUUUUCAACAAUCCAUAAAUCCUGAAAUGCUGCCGCCACUCUCACAGGUUUUUAAACGUAGCGAUGUUGGAUUUUUUCCUGAUUCAUUAAAUACUAAAAUGGAUUACGAUGGUAACUGGUAUCUUAAGCGGGGUGCUGUUGGGAUGCCAGCACAUGGACUAUAUAGACCAAUUUACAUCGAAACAAACGGCAACAUGAGAAAUAAGAGAUCCAUCUUUUCUCUUCCCGAUGUCCUUGAUCGUAAUGAUAUUUCACUACCAGAAGAUUACGAGAACGACAACGAUGAUAAAAGAUCAGUUGAUGAAGAUGAUCUUGAUGUAAAGCGUGAAAAAUUCGUAAAGCGUCAUAUUGGCUCAUUGGCUCGGUUAGGUUUAUUGCCUUCAUUUAGGUUUUCGGGUGGCCGCUACAGUAGGUCUGGAAGAGCUAGACUGCUUUUACCCAGUCAAGAAUUAUACAGGAAGCAUUCCGCUGACGAGAAUUUCGGGAUUAGGCAAUAUAUCGCUGAUUCCCAAGCUGACGCAGCCAUCGAUUCAGACGACUCCAACCUACCGUCGCCGCCAAUACCUGCUAACUCGCACCCGACCGGAAGGUACCUCCACCGUUCGUUGAGCAACGAAAUACCUAAUACCCCUUUACCGCAAUCUCCUUUGUCUCUUUCUUAUUCCAACACCCCGAAGGACCCCUGGCAGAUAAAGGAAAACCCGAAGUUCUAUUAUUUUAGGUCUCUUAAAGUUCCAUACCACGCUUCAGACAAGAGAUAUUUGCUUCUUCCCGCUGUGGAUAAUAUUUUAUUGAGGAAGUCAUAUCGCAACAGCAGUCUUCCCAGCCGUCGUAAAAAUCAGUAG